AUGCCGCGCGAGAUCGCGUCCGAGCGCUCGUCCGAGAAAAAAGAAGGCGCGGCCGCGGUUCAAGGUCGCUCGUCUGGACCAAAAUCGACUGGGCUAGUCACUGUGGCUUCGUACAGGAGAAGACAUCACCUUGCGGAGGAGGUGCCAGGACUCUACAUUCGGCGCCUAACGCUCGAGGAUCCCAGAAGGAGGGAACCGUCCGGUUCAAGGUCGCCGUCUCCAGCGCGCCAUAUCUGUCAUCCUCGUAGUGGUUGCGCCCGCUUGACGCGAGGAUCUUCGAGCUAUAGAUCUUGGCUGGAGAGGAUCCGAAAGGAGAACCCGGCUUUUUUAACAAUAGUGUCCUUGGAGCUUCCGGAAUCGCCGAUACCCUUAAUAGAGUCUCAAGCAAAUGCGCGCUCGAGACGUGACGAGUCCAAUGAAGUUGUGAAAGAUAAGGAUGAUAUCUUGGACGAAUUUUUGAAGAGGGUCACGGAAGUCGGAAAGGAUAGAGAGAAGGAAGGACGCACGUGUAGAAGCAGCGUGUCUCGGAAAUACCGUUGCAAUAGCAAAAAGGGCACCGGAUCUCUGGAAUGUACAAAAGCGCCUGCCACUCUCGAGGAAUGCACGAGAAACAUUAUCGAAGGACCGAGUCGCGAAGGACAGACCGGACCGCAAGACACAGGCGACGACUGCAUAUGCUCCGAGAUACCGAAGGAUCUACGAAUUAACAUUCGCAGGAAGGAGGAGGUCAUGUGUACUCCGCCGUGCUCCCCGAGCCCGGAAGUGACUCACGCCAUUCGGAUCGCGAUGAAGUAUCACGGUCGGUCGAGAUGCAAAGUCGGCGACGACGAGAGUCCAGUGGAAGAGGAGGAGGAGGAGGAGGACGAGGAGAACGAAAAGCGAGCGGAGGAAGAGGCGGAGGAGAAUGGCAGGAGGACGACGAAGAACGAGGGGAGCAAGAAGGAUCUUCAAGGUCCAUCGAACGUAAGGAAGGAAUCGGUGAAGCACGACGUUCGCUGCGUCGCCGUCGGUGCGAACGCCACGUUAGACUUCACGCUAAAUUGCAAUAGCGUGCGACUCACUACUCGUGACACGAGUUCGAAGACAGCGUCGAGAGGCGAGAGGCUGGAACGGCCGGAAACGCGAAGUUAGUUCGCGUGGGUUUCCUCUCGAAAGUGUUUCGCUCGAGAUCCCGUGUUCCAUGCUGGAUGCUCCGUUGUGGCUUUAAAUAUACAUAUAUCGUAAAGCACAUAAUAGCUCGAUGAUUUCCCUACCUGCUCCCCUCGUGUUUUUAGCUUGUCAAAGUUUCUGUUCGCACGCGCCCGAACUAAUCCUUUCUCUGAGAGAUUUCAAUCUUUUUUUUUCCUACACUCAAUAACGCAUCCGUCUUGUUUUUCUUUUAAGCAGCAAAGAUAAAUAAAAUACUCUGGAAGUUGGAUAAAUAAUAGAAAUUCUUUUCAUAAUGAAUGAAAUCUUAAUGUAAAUUUCAUCAGUUUUAAUUUAAAAUUUAAGAAAAAAAAAUGUGUGCGUCAGAAUAACUUAUCGGACUCACGGUAAUUGACACGAUAGCUCGAGCCGUUGGUUUCUUUUUAACUAAUUUAACCGAAGUGAGAGUGGAUUUUGAUCGAGUCUUGAAUUAGCAUUCAGUCUCUGCACAAUAAUUUGUAAAAAAAUUAAUUCAUAAUUCCUAUUCAAACAAAAAUGCCAAAAAUCUAGAAUUAGCCUAAAAUAUUUUUAAAUUUGUUACAUUGUGCGAUUGCCUAUAUUUAAUUUUCGCGAAGGAAUAUUAAGUUCAUUAGCAUGUACAAGAAUGUUAUAAACUUAAUAAGAAGCUAUUUAGUUUUUGCUACUUUUAACAUUUAAUCGAAAAAAUAUCUAGGAACCGACAAAUACUGAUGCGAGUCAUAAAUCCUAAUUCUAACAGUAACCAUAAAAAAAAAAUAAAACUUAAAUUAAUAUUGAAUGAUUACAUAUUUAACAGUGUCAUUAUCAUACACACGCAUACGUUCUAUUGUAACUUUUUAUAAAAAUUGUUCGGAAUAUAAUGAAGAUUUUAUGUUAAACGACAUAAAGUAAAUACGACUUUUUACGCGAGAAACAAAACUGCUGUACAGGACGGUUCAAUUUUUCGAUAAUUAUUUUUAUGGGUCCUCUUCAGAAGGAUUUAACGUACCUCCGCGGCCAUUUGUCUCGUUUAACAGUUUACUCAACGCAGACCAGAGCAACAGGGACCAUAAGCCGGAAACGCGAGCUUCUCGGUAAAGAUGCCACACAAUCGCGGCGUGGAGUUUCUAGGUUUCGCUCGGAAUCGCCACAAAAACCGCCUCUUCUUUUCCGACGCCGAUAACCGUAAGUGGGAAGACCGAGCUCGCGUCGGUCGGCGAAAUCACCCGUGGAAUCGUGAAUCUUUCGCGGGCGGCAAUAAAUCGCAAUCGUCGAUUCGAUUUCUACGAACACGCGCGCAAGCACGCGCAAGAGAGAGAGAGAGAGAGAGAGAGAGAGAGAGAGAGAAAAUGUACGCGCAGAUACUUCGAGGCGGCCUAUUAAUUAGCUCGUCUAAUAAAUCGCGACCGACCGGGCGAGGGGAAGAAGGAAAGGAGGAGUGGAGAGGGGAAGGUGGAAUAUCGUCGUUUCGGUUCUUCUCGCCUUCGAUCACGAUGAGCAAAAGGAGGUAAAAGGAGACGGAAUAA